AUGGAUAUACAGCCGCCAACCUCAAGAGAUGACUCAUGUGGAAUGGAAGAUUCGCCGGAAAUGCCGCCGUCCGCAGCUAUUUCAACCGUAACGGUUCCGUCAAUCUCGAGCCUUCCAUCGUCGUCCACCCCGAGCGCACCCCAAAGCUCUCGGCCUGUCGUCCCGUCGCCUUCUGUGUCGGUGCUGUCUCGCGCUAAACCGCCUUCAUGUCCACGGGCCGCGCCUGCGCCCACCUCCGCCUCCUCAGCAGCAGAAGCCACUUGCCGCGCGGUGGCCGCUGCGUCGCCCGGCCGUUCGCCCCCUCGCCCGCGCCUGCGCCUCGCCGCAGUGGAGACGCCGUGGGGGGAGCAGCCGGCUCCGAAGGCCUCGGACAGCGACCCGGCGGAAGACAGCGCUUCGCUUCUGCGAGAGGCGCACAGCCCCUCGGGCGAGAUGCUCGCGAGCGAAGGCGACUGCCACCACAUGUCGCAUUUGGCCGCUAUUGUCAAGACUGCAGCGUGCCUACGAGAUAUGAACAGUCAAGUCAUUGUAAAAAUUGACGACGAGCAAUAUCCUGUAGAAACUUUUCUGCGAACAUGUACCCAGCAAGUUAACUACCAAUGCGAAGGCCUCGUUAACGAUUCAACUUCCGUCACAAAUAUAGUUAAUAUUGAAACACACGAAGACGAACACGAAAUGACAUUUAAGAAUGAUACAUCGCAGUGGCCCUUUGAAAGCAUAGAGAGGACCAGCGAUGUUAUAGUGAAGAGCGAUGAGGACACUAUUAUAGGGUCCCCUCUUUCUGAGGUGGUGAUUAAGGUGUCAGAGUCAGACAAUGUGGUACAUGACAUAGCAUCGAGAAACUUCCAAGAAUAUAAAUCAGCUUUCAAACCGAAAAUUGUGAGAGUGGACCAUACCUCCAAAUCUCUCCGAAACUUGCCCGUUCAGAUUGAACAUCAAGAUAAAGGGGACAGUUGGCCAACCUGGCCCACAGCGGUUGUGACCAUAGAAAUAGAAGGUACAGAUAAUGAAGAUAUCUAA